AUGUCGACUGCCACAGACCUCCAGAGUCAGGAAGACCUUGCGCAUAGCCACCAACAGCAAGGCAGACCUGCAGAGUCAGAGGCCUUACUCCGCACAGUACUAUCAUCCCGCCUCCAAACGCUCGAUCCUCACCAUGCAGAUGUCGUCCGAGCGAAGAACAAUCUAGCAGCAAGUCUGAAUUCGCAACACAAAGACCUUGACUAUGCCGAGACCCUCCAGCUCGACGUGAUCGCUGCGGACCGUGACAGCCUUGGACCCGAGCACCCGGAUACGCUCGUCAGCCUCAACAAUCUAGGGAAUAUUUAUAUGCAUCAAGGGCGUUUCGAAAAAGCUGUCGAAACUCAGCGAAAUGCCCUCGCCACGAGUGAACGGGUGAAUGGCGAAGCGCACGAGAAUACGAUGACGUUGAAGCAUAAUCUGGACAAUACACUUCGUCAUCAGCGAGAGGCUGCGGGCACGGGAAGUCAGUAG